UCCUCAUGGAUCCUAGUCAGGUUUGUCACCACAGGAACUCCACAACACCAGAUUCUUAACCCACUGCACCACCAGGGAACUCCCCGUCAGAGGUACUGAAAACACCCUUUGUCGUGCUCUGAAAUUCUGGGAUCCUAGGAGCUGCGAAGAGGGUUUGAGUCAAUAUUGGAGAAGUCAGUUGGGGUUUUGGAGGGGCUGGGAGGGCGCCUUCCUUACCUGGAAGAGUGGACUACGUGCUCCCACUGUUUUCAGGAUGGACUGGAUUCAGGCAGGAAGGGUGCCUGGGAUGGCAGCUGCUCGUCUUGGGCGCCCACUAAGGAUGGCCCACCCGCCCUCUCAGUGUAGGCAUCUGGCAUCUUCUGGGGCUCUUUUCUGAUUCUCUUCGAGGGACCAACAGGGGCUAGGGCUGCGGGUGAGGUGGGCGUUGACCUCUCCAGUUGCCAGAGUCAAGGCCGAUGAACCGCAGUCAUUGUGUGAGAGGGCGGGAUGGGGAGGGAGGAGGGCCUGGCGCAGAGCGGUGCGGACAGGACAGCCAGGCAGGCGCUGACCAGAAUGUGCGGGAGCUGGCUGGGGAGACUGGCCAGGGCCAGAGCUGUAGUAACCUGGCAGAGAGAGUCAGCCUGGCAGCGGAGGGACCUAAGGCUCAGGUGUGGCCCUGGAGACUGAUGGUCAGGGCUGGACCUACCUGGACCAAGGUCCUGCUCUCCAGCUCUUCCACUAUCUGGUUGCUGGGUGGAGGUCUGACCUGGGGACCUAGGGUGAAAAGGAUGCUAGUCUGACGGGGGGAGGCAGGGGCGGGGGGCAGUCAUACCACGUGACCACUGCUGUGAGCCCACCAGGCCCACUGCCCAAGAGAGCAUGAGUGAGCAGGAGAGGGAGACAGAGGAGGAUGAGGGAGAGGGCACUUCAGACACAGCACCCAUGCUGCCCGGAAGGCUUGCUGACCGCCAGACCUCUGCACGGAUGUCCCCAGGGUGGGCUGCCCAAGGCCUAGGGACCCUGCUGCUGUCAGGCCGGGCCCUGGCGGGGCUCCUGCUCCACCUUCUGCUUCCUGCAACUGUGUUCCUGCUGGUGCUGCUGCCAGCAGCCACCAUCGUCUACCUGGGAUUCCUGUGCCACUCGAGGGUGAGCUGAGCCCUCCACGGGCGCAGGGGUGGGCACGGUCUGGGAUCCUUGGGGGGAGCAGGUCCUGUGGAAGUUCAGGGCCCGGGGGGUGAAGGUGGAUUUGCGCCCUUCCAGCAUGGCCUCUUGUCCCCAGAGGCAUGUGUGCCCCUCCCUGCAGAGCCCCUUCCUCUGCCAAGUGUCCCCCCCCCGCCGGCCACAGCAAAAGAAGGGCUUUUGUUUGUCCCCCAAGGGAACAGCUCUCUCCCCUCCCCUGAGGCUGCUCGGCCUUGUACCAGGGGCCGCCAGGGCCUGGACAGCUGGGCAGGGUGCGAAGAGGAGGAUGUUCCAGGAAGAGACGACAGGGAUGUCGUCAGAUUUAAGGAGUCCGAAGUCCCCACGCCCAGAGCCCCUGGCAGAUGCCUCCUACCCUGGGCCGGCUUCCCGCCUGUGGAAAGGGCUGCGGUUUAGGGAUGGGGAGGGCACAGGCAGAUGGGUCCCCGGGUCCCUCCUUCUGUAGGCAGAAGGUGGGGAGGGGACCAAACGCGGAGCCACACACUAGAAGGUGGUGCCAGCUGGCAACACCCCCGGGAAGGGCCUUGAGGUCAGAUGCCAACAGAGGGAAGGGCCGUCAGAGAGGAGAGAAGGGAGGAAGGCGCGGGUCGGGGAACCGCACAACUGUUCUUUGAGCCUCCCCUCCAGGAACUCCUCCUCCUGCCAUUUACCACCUGGGUCUCCGAUCAUCCAUUCUAGGCUCAGAAAAGCCCGGCCCCGAGCCGGCCCCAGCCACCCGACUCCGCCAGACCUCAGGCCCCGCCCCGGGCCACCUGCUUCCAGGACCCACCCAAUCCUUCCGCCCACCUGCGGGCCCCGCCCCGGAGCUGAGGUCCCGCCCGCUCUGGGUCCGUGGGCGCCAGGCCCCUCCCUCUCCCAAUCCACGUGUUCUCAGGCCCCUCCCCGGCUCCGUGUGCCCCGCCCCCCCCCUUCGCCAGCCCUCCAACUGGAAUGGAGGCUGAGCUCCCUCCCAGUCCCCUGGCUCCCAGGCCCCAUCCCGGGAUGGAGGCCCCACCAGCCCCGCCUGACGGUCCGCCUCGCCCUCAGGUCCACCCGGCGCCCCGCCCCGCGUGCCGUGCCCUGCUCUCGGACCGCGGAUCGGCGGCGCUCAUCGUAUUGGGCUUCCUCUCGUUGCCUCCGCUGCUGGUGCUCGCCUCUGCCGCCCGCGCCCGCUUGGCCCGACGCCUCCGCGCGCUGCUGCCACCCCCCACUAGGGGUCCCGGACCCCGCGGUCAUUCGGUGUCCAGCGACUGGGGGUGCACGCGAAGCCAUCCCGACGGGGAGGAGCAGCUCUGCGCCUGGGUGUGACCCCGGAGAUCUCUCCAAAUCCCGGAGGCCCCCGAACUGUCCCCGUGUGCCCCAUCACGUAGCCCCAGGCUGGCGAGCUUAGGGUCCAGGUCCUGGCCGGGCGCCAGAACGCUGCCCAGCUUCCGUGCACAGCGCUCCCAGGGGCCGCGAGAGGGCUCCGGACUCCCCCUGACCGGUCGGCCUUUCCCCUCCCUCACCCCGGCCCCGAAGUCCCCGCAGCUGCGGAGAAGCUGGGACGCCCCAGGGAGGAGGCAGAUGGCUCUCCGAGAAGGCGCGCGUGGCCAGACUCCUGAAAGGGCGGUUUUCUGACGUCUGCCAUUGAGGCUGCCCUGGGCCCCCGUCCGUGCACAAAGGGCAGUCCCUGCAUGCCCGCUGUCUAGUCCGUCAGCGGGCCUCCAGCGAGUCCCAGAGGUGAUCGGAGUUGCCCGGGAGGCUUCCACACCCGUGGUUCCCCAAGUUCAGCGGCGGCCACAGCGCCGGAGCUUGCAGAGCUCAGGGCUUGCGUUUGGCGUAAAGGACACCUUUAGGAUCUUUGCUGUCUUUGGCGGUUUGUGCUUUCAGGCAUCGUUCUGAUUGUGGCUCUGCUCUUAUUUCUCCCUUUGGUACCCGCUGUUUCCCGUUUCUGAGGAUUCACAUCGUUCCUCGGUCCUGGAAAAUUCUCAAACAUUUUUUCUUCAAUCCUGCCUCAUUCACUGCACAUACUCUUUCUUGGGGAACACCCAUUACACGACUGCUUCCCAUUUUCCUUUUACCUGUCAUUGUCACUUCAUUUCUCCUCUGUGUUUUCCACGGGGCCGUGGGUGUGGCUGUGGCCAAAUAAAUAAAUAAAUAAU